AAACUGGCUCCAACGCAACUACUAGAACUGCAUCCACGCAAAACCUUUUAAGUUCCUGCCUCGCGUACAUCAGAAAUGCAAACACUUCAUAUACGUUGAACGAGUUUGGAAUCAUAGAUACACUACUUUCAAGGAGCAGUUUACCGUUCUAAUGUCGUCCUUGGACUAUGAUAGUCACGCGGCCGCGAAGCCGGGUGCGGGGGCACGCCCGCCUCCACUCCGUAUAGAAGAAAAUCCAAUUGUGGAGUCUCCGGGGCCAAGCCCCGGGCCGGGCGGCGGAGGACCACCGCCGGGACCGGGCGCACUCGUGCCGAUGCCCGGUGGGAUGAUGAUGCCAUACAUGCCUAUUUCCCUGCAGCCCCAGAACGCGCUCCAGCGGCUUCCGCAUCCAGUGAAGCAUGCACUGAUUGCCAUGGCCGGGCCACCACAGCGUCAGCCGCUGGUGUAUUCCGGGGACGCCGUGAACAGCCUUUCCGCGCUCCGCCAGGACAUGACGAGCAGCUACCGCGCGCUAUGCGCGGCUCUUGGGGAACCCGAGCGAGCUGACUUGAUCGGCGGCUACCUGCCUGCAGCAGCGGCCCUUGGGCUGCCGCUGCCGGCACCGCCGGUAGGCGGUGUUGGCGGCGGCCUGCAGCGCCUGCCGCCAUUGCCUGGCGCCAGCAGUGGCACGUUGGCGCCUCUCGCGCUUAUGGGCUCGCCGCGGGACGCAGAUGGUCCAGGGCCCAGCCCAGAAGCCAGUGAAGCGACUGGCGCGGCUGCCGCCGGUGCAGGCCUGGGCCCGGUGGGCAUGGGAGGAAUGCUUUUGGCCGGAGACGCCGGCGGCAUUGAGAGUGUUGGGUCGGGCGCAGACGCGCCUGCCCGCAUGCUCGGGGCGCAUCGCUCGCUGAGCGCGGGUCCCGCAAACCCUUACUCAAUGCAGCACGUACCAUCACUGGCACAUAUGGGAGGCGCUGCUCGUGGAGGCGCGUUGGCGUCGGGCUUCGGACUGCCGCCCAUUGGCGGGGGGUUGCAGCAGCAACCGCAGCUCUGGCCGCUGGGCCGGCCUUCGUGGCCACACCUCGGAGCGGGCGGCGGCGGCGGCGCGCUGCAAGGCAGUGGUGGCAGUAUGGCUGCGCUGAACGGGCCGCGCGUAAGCAUCAUGUCCGGCUUCUCCAGGCCGCAGGACCCCGGCAGCGACUUCCUAGGGGAGGAAAGCGCGCUGGUGUACCCGCCCGCCGGCCGGAGCUUUGGCGGCGGGCCCAGUGCCGCCGCACGCACCGCCUUGGGUGCUGGCUUCGGCGGCGGCGGCGGUGGCGGUCUUAUCGACCCCAUGGACGACUUCCGCUUCCGAGGAGGGGGGGCACGCAAGGCCAUCACCGUUGAGCAGCUUGAUAACCUGGACAACCUGGUGCCUGGUAGGUCGCGGUUGCAUCACGGCGGCGGCGGUGAGCAGCUCGACCGAUACCUGCAGGAUUAUGCCCGGGACAGGGCCAAGCCGCCAUCGCUGCAGGCGAUCAUGUCCGGCAGCCGCUUCUACAUGCCUUUUUGACUGGGGGCGGUAUGGUAACGGUUUCUAGCUUACGUGCAUCAGAUAGAUGUUGCAAAACGGGCCACCGAGAGCCAUGUGCAUGGAGGCGCGGCUAUGGCCGUACGGUGUGCACCGUGGUGAUUUUCGGCGUUGUGAAGGAUCAGGUCGAGGGGCACGGUUGCGGUGACGUAACCGCACAUGUGCUAGUAAACACCUCGUGUGCGCGCGCGGGACUGUGGUCCGAAGGGUGGACAGUGCUCAAGCACGGUGGUUAGCGACUGCCCACGACGUGCUGUCUGAUCGUGUUGCACCACGCAUAUGCAGCAGAACCCCAACGAGUUCUAUCUAUCACCCGUUUCUUGCUUGUAAGGGGCACGUUCCUUCUCCUAUGCUCCCAUAAUGACUUGAUUAAUGCAGCUAACGUGGCGCAGUGCGCCGUGAUGGGUGUCAUGUUGACAACCAUGCAGACUGCCCCCUUCACAUUGCUGUCAAAGCAUACGUGAACGGCUGAAUCCUAAUACAAUCGGAUUGUUUGGGGGCUCUUGUGUGCAGCAUUGUUGCAUGAAAGCAAAAUGGAUCCAUGUGGGCCUUUCGUUGGUUACCGGUAUUGCUCUGUGGGGGUUCCCAGUAUGGAGGAGAGGCCUAAAUACGCGCCUUAAUGUGGAUGGGGGCACGGCUAUACCGACACCACUACCCGCUUACGGUAACUGAUGUGAUUUGGGCUGAGCCCCCCCAGCGCAGCGAUCCAGGGGGUGGAAGCGCCCCAGGAACUCCCUGUCUUUGUGCGCGUGCGUGCAUGUGUGUGUGCGUGCGUGGGUCGGCGCCAAACUUACUAUAAUACUGGCGCAGACCGCAAGUGGCUAAUGUUGUGAUGGGGAUGUUGGGCACGCUCAGCUUGAGGUGAGCAACUGAGAUGGUGGGUCGUGAUGUAACGUACGCAUUCGGGCAGCGACGCAACGCACGCAGAGACUCGUAUGGCAUGGCAUGGAUGUAAUCAGAAAGCUGGAACUGUGCAAAUGUGCACGUGAAACGGAUUUGUUUUUGAAGUGUUCAUGGGCACCUGGUGUGAGCGGGCUGCGGAGCAGGACAGGAGCUCAUCACAUGUGCAGUUUCCGGUCAUGUCACAACUAACGCAGAGUGUCAUCCCAACUUGUAAGCUCACAAUCAA